AGAAACCACGUGAUGAAUCAUACUUCCUCUAACAGUCAGGCCUCGACUCUCUGUGUCUUCAGAUCAGCGACACACACAGAUGGCGGGUACAAGAAUCACAAACCUCCAGAGUGCAGCGAAGCAGCCGCCGUUAGUCCCACCACGCAACACAGUGUCACAGGGAGCCGUGCAGAUGCGCAUUAAAACCACCCAGAGCUCAGGAGAGCGCCUCAGUCAAUCCAAGUCCAUGGUGCUGCAGGAGUCCGACCUUCCUCAGAAGCCUAUCUCUCGGCAUCGAAGGAAUCAGUCUCAGCAUAAUGUUUUAAGCGCAGCAGGAGGAUCUGCUGAACAGCUGGUGGAGCUGAAAGGAGAACAUCUGAAUGUGGCUAAAAUCUCAGAUAGCGGUAAGAAGCAAAGGAAGAACUGGAAUUUGAUGUGGAGUGUCCUGACCUCAGACCAGCUGCUGUUGUAUAAAGAGAGACAGCAAGAAACUGCUGUGAAACAAGGAAGUAAGACAGAUGUGGUUCCGCUGGGUGGAGCUGUUAUCGAGUGGACGACAGAGAAGUCAAGCAAGAAAAACGUCUUCCAGAUUACAACAAACACAGGAAGUGAGUACCUCCUUCAGGUUGACACUUACUCCACUGCCAGUAAAUGGUACGAUGCCAUCAGAAAGAACAUCAACUCUUCUACUAAAGCAGAUGGAGGUUUUCCUCUGCGGAGAUCAAACAGCACAGAGUACCUGCCCAGACACAGCUCCCUACCUGGAUAUGGCUCCGCCUCCCCCAAUACCAAGCAACGCAACCCAGUCCACAGACGCUCCAUCAAUAUGUUCGGCAGCUCCAAGCUGAAACACAGCACCUCUGACAGCGCUGAUAAGAACGGGGUGAAGAACAGACUGAAGAAGUUCAUCAUCAGACGUCCGUCCAUGAAGACUCUGCAGGAGAAAGGCCUCAUUAAAGAUCGAGUCUUUGGCUGCCAUCUGUUGACUCUCUGCCAGCGUGAAGGAACCACGGUGCCGAAGUUCGUUCAGACCUGUUUGGAUGCCGUUGACAAGCGAGGUCUGGAUGUUGACGGGAUCUACAGAGUCAGUGGAAAUCUGGCCACAAUCCAGAAACUUCGCUUCAUCGUUGAUCAGGAGGAGGACCUGGACCUGGACCACAGUCAGUGGGAGGACAUCCACGUCGUCACUGGAGCUCUUAAGAUGUUUUUCCGAGAGCUGCCUGAGCCACUGUUCCCCUUCAAGUCCUUCCAGCCAUUUGUGGAGGCCAUCAAGAUUAAAGAAUCCAAACACAAAGUUCAGGCUGUGAAGAAACUGAUCCAGGAGCUGCCAAAACCCAACCACGACACCAUGAAACUGCUCUUCAGCCACCUGCACAAAGUUCUGGCUUUUUCCAGGAAGAACCUGAUGUCCACUCAGGGCAUCGGCAUCGUGUUCGGCCCAACGCUGAUGUGGCCCGAGCUGGACUCAGGAAACAUGGCGGUCAACAUGGUGUAUCAGAACCAGAUUGUGGAGUUCAUCCUCAUUGAGAGCCAAGAAAUCUUUAACCUGGACAGGAAGUGAAGUGUCCUGAGGCGGACACGAUCAUCAGACGGACUCACAUUUAUACAUCAAACCUACAAAUGACUAAAUUCCUUUAGAGAUGUUAUUGUUUUAUGAAAAAAACAGAAGUUUUGACUGAGCUGUAAAACUUAAACACAGUUUCUGAUCUGCACGAGGCUGGAAGAACAUAUUUUUUUAAUUAAUACAAACUAAUAAUAAAUUAUUAAGUUUGAAUUUCAGUGACUGUUUUACUUCUCCGAGAGUGGAGUGGAGUCAUGCCUGCUGUGUUUGGUGUAAAGGUUGAUGAAAGUCUUUCUUCUUUUUGUUUGAGAGAUUUAAAAAUAUACAGUGACGCAAAGAAAAAUGUACAGCUGUAUAUUUACAACCUCCUGUCUGGAUGCUGUAUAAAACUUAAAUAAAAGCAAUGUAAUGAUUUGUAAA